GACAGUCCAAUCGGACGCGUCCCCCAAUGGCGGGGACGGUACCAAUGGUGUGAAAGGGGGGAAGUGUUGCCUCCAGUCUCCGUAUGGUCUCCCGAAGGGCUCCUUCUGCAGGGCUUUUCUGAGCAGCAAGGAGGGACUGCCUGGGGUGUCGAGGAUGGCAGCUCGACGUGUGAUAAAAGCGGUCUUGGUGGAUCUGAGUGGUACGCUUCAUAUAGAAGACUCAGCUGUGCCAGGAGCCCAGGAAGCGCUUAAAAAGUUGCGCUCUGCUCCCGUGACCAUCCGGUUUGUGACGAACACAACAAAGGAGUGCAAGCAAGACUUGCUCGAGAGGCUGAAGAAACUGGAGUUUGACAUUAAGGAAGACGAGAUCUUCACGUCUCUGACGGCAGCCCGAAAUUUGUUGGAGCAGAAAAAGGUUCGGCCGUUGUUGAUGGUGGAGGAAAAUGCUUUGCACGAUUUUACAGCUCGCCGCCAGAUGAACAUAAUCUAUCCUUUGCUUAAUGGAGCCAGAUGCUUCCAGGGAGUGUUACAAAGUAUAGACACAAGCCACCCGAAUGCUGUAGUAAUUGGGUUGGCUCCUGACCAGUUCAACUAUCAAACUAUGAACAGAGCUUUCAGGUUGGUGCUGGACGGGGCUCCGCUCAUAGCUAUCCACAAAGCAAGGUAUUACAAGAAGAAAGAUGGCCUUGCCCUCGGCCCAGGACCCUUUGUGACCGGCCUGGAGUAUGCCACUGACCAGAAGGCCACGGUGGUGGGGAAGCCAGAGCGGACGUUCUUUCUGGAGGCCUUGCGUGGGACCAACUGUGGACCUGAGGAAGCCAUCAUGAUUGGCGACGACUGCAGGGAUGACGUCGGGGGUGCCCAGAACGCUGGCAUGCUGGGAAUACUGGUGAAGACCGGGAAAUACCGAGAUGCCGACGAAGGCAAAAUUAACCCACCCCCCUACUUAACCUGCGAGAGCUUUCCCCAUGCCGUGGAACACAUCCUCCAGCAUCUGCUCUGAAGAAGCACCGCAACUUUUGAACGUCGCCUUCCGGUGGCCACAAAAUGAAAUGGCCCACAGUAUCCGUUGCAGAGCGUUUGGAUUUUCUGGGUGCAUUGCCGUUGGACUCCACCCUUUUGGGGGACUGUGAUGGAAUGAAUGUUCUCACCGUAAACAUUGCUUCCCACACCCCAGAAAGUUAAUCCUGUCCAACCUUCCCGUCUUGCCUGACUCUGUGUUCUGGCCUAGGCUUCCUGAUAUAGUAAAAAGCAUACAAUUUG